GGAGCGAAGGAUGGAGAGGCUGUCGGACCAGAGAGACAGAAGUGUUACUACAGAUCUGCUGCUGCAGGAGGAGGAGGAGGAGGAGGAGGAGGAGGACAGGCUGGGAGCUGAGGACGAUGAAGAUGAUGCUCCGUUCUUCAGCGGCGCACGGGACCAACUGUAAUUCCUUCAUCUGGUGAUCGUUGGUGAAGGAGGAAGGCUCCUUUUUUUUGUCCCUCUUUUUUUGCAUCUGGCAACCGCUGGCCGGGUUCUCCUCGCUGCUCCUCCUCUUUUCUACACUUUUGCCUCCUUUUUCUUUUUUUUAUGUCCAGAGAAGGGAUUCCUCUCCUUCAUCAGGGAUUUUAGAAGACAUGUCUCUCUGGGAAUGAUGCUGGUGCCACCUUCUUCUUCGCCAUGACAAUGCCAUUCAGCCUCCUGUCCAGCGACGAGGAGCAACAGAGGAUGCUGGGGAACGCGAGACAUCUGUAUCCUGGGGCGGAGGAUGAGGAGGACGAGGAGGAAGAGGAAGAGGAGGAAAUGGAGGAGGACGAGCGGGACGAGGAAGGGGAGGAGGAGGAGAACGGCGAGCUGGAGGGCGAUGAGGAUGACGAGGAGGAGGAGGACGAGGAGAUCAGGCGAGAUGGUCUGUCCCGGACAGGCAGAGGCGACGGGCACAGGCAGUCGGGCAAGUUCGCCGGGCGACCCGCCACGGACCGGCAGACCGGCAGGAAGGGGAAGCCUGGACACACCGCCAAUCCGUACUCGUCCAACCCCGGGCCCACGCACCAACAAGCGGCCAAUCAGGCGCAGCAGCCGAGGAGGCUGAAGGAGCGCACCGCCAACUCCGUGCCAUCUGAGGACACCCACAUCGCCAUGAUGGUGUUCCGCAUCGGCAUCCCAGACAUCAAGCAAACGAAAUGUUUGCGGUUCAACCCGGACGCCACGGUGUGGAAGGCCAAGCAGCAGGUGCUCUGCUCCCUGACCGAGUCGCUGCGGGACGUCCUGAACUACGGCCUCUUCCAGCCCGCCACGGACGGACACGACGCCAAGUUCCUGGAGGAGGAGAGGCUGCUCAGAGAGUACCCACAAUCCUUUGAGAAAGGGGUGCCGUACCUGGAGUUCCGUUAUAAAACCAGGGUUUACAAACAGACRAAUCUGGAUGAGAAGCAGCUGGCCAAACUGCACACCAAGGCCAGCCUGAAGAAAUUCAUGGAUUACAUCCAAACCAGCGCCGUGGACAAGAUGGCCAAGUUCUUGGACAAGGGUCUGGAUCCAAACUACCAGGACCCUGACACUGGGGAGACUCCGCUGUCGCUGGCAGUGCAGUGUGAGCCAGGUGGAGGGGAGGCCAUCCGGGUCCUGGUGGAUGGAGGGGCUCACAUUGACUUCCGUGCCAAAGAUGGACUCACACCGCUACACAAGGCUGUUCGAGGGCACCGCCACACGGCCCUGCUGACAUCAUGCUGGUCUCCUUCGCAGGUCCUGCUCUCGUUGGGUGCGUCUCCAGACUACAAGGACCGGCGGGGGCUGACGCCGCUCUACCACACUGUGCUAACGGGGGGCGACACCUCCUGCUGUGAGACCCUCCUCUACCACCGAGCCAAACUGGGCAUCAGGGACGAGAACGGCUGGGACGAGACGCAUCAGGCCUGUCAGAACGGCAACUCUCAGCACCUGGAGCACCUCCUGUUUUACGGAGCAGACUCCUCCUCCCAGAAUGCCUCUGGAAACACUGCCUUGCACAUCUGUGCUUUAUAUAACAAGGAAAGCUGUGCACGAAUUUUGCUUUAUCGUGGCGCAAAUAAAGACAUGAAGAACAACAGCGGGCAGACGCCCUUUCAGGUUGCAGUUAUGUCCGGCCAUUUUGAACUGGGAGAAAUAAUUAAAAACCACAGAGACACAGACGUGGUUCCCUUCGUGGAGUCUCCAAAGUACGCCCCCCAGAGGAGGGAGAGCACCCGGUCCCUGACGGUCCCCCAUCCUCACCCUUUCCUGCGGGCCAACAGCGACAGCAGCAUGAACCUGCCGGACUGGAUGGCUGUGCCCAACGCUCCGAGCUCCAACAUCGUCUCCGUGCAGGGAUAUAAACAUACCGGAACCCUGCGGAGCUCCAGCAGUCCCAGAGGAGCGAGGACCCGCUCCCCGUCUCGGGGCAGGAUCGCAGACAAGGAGGACCGGAGCAGACAGAGCCGCAGACAGGGGCCUACCACCACCACCACCACCACCACCACCACGGUACAGAUUGGAGGCCAGCGGAGACGCCUCUACAGCGCCGUCCCGGGACGAGUCUUUGUAGCCACUCGGUCCCACUCUGCUCAGGGAGAGCGGGAAAUCAGCUUCAGUAAAGGAGACCGGGUCAAAGUGCUGAGCGUUGGCGAGGGCGGGUACUGGGAGGGGACGGUUCGAGGUCGCACGGGUUGGUUCCCCUCCGAGUGCGUGGAGGAAGUGGUGCUACGAAGCCAAGACAGCCGAUCAGAGAGUCGUGGAGAACGAGCCAAACGGUUGUUCCGUCAUUACACYGUGGGAUCGUACGACAGCUUCGACGCUCCGAGUGACUAUAUAAUCAAGGAGAAGACGGUGCUUCUGCAGAAGAAAGACAGCGAGGGCUUCGGCUUUGUGCUGCGAGGGGCCAAAGCUCAAACUCCCAUCGAAGAGUUCACUCCCACCCCGGCCUUCCCGGCUCUGCAGUAYCUGGAAUCGGUGGACGAAGGGGGCGUGGCCUGGAGAGCUGGACUCAGGAUGGGGGAUUUCCUCAUCGAGGUCAACGGUCAGAAUGUGGUGAAGGUUGGUCACCGGCAGGUCGUCAACAUGAUCCGACAGGGGGGCAACAGCCUCAUGGUGAAGGUGGUGAUGGUGACCCGCAACCCUGACAUGGAGGAGGGCGCGAGGAAAAAAAUCCCACAGCAGAGUAAGAGACUGAGCACGCCCGCCAUCGCCCUGCGCUCCAAAUCAAUGACGUCAGAGCUGGAAGAGAUGGUGGAGAGAGCUGCUACCCCUUGGAAAAAAAAAUCAGAAUUCGAAUCCUCACAAGCUGCGGAGAAGAAGAGGACGGUUUAUCAGAUGGCUUUGAAUAAACUAGAUGAAAUUCUUGCAGCAGCUCAGCAGACAAUCAGCACCAACGAGGCGUCGGGGACACGGGGACAGGGGCCGAAGAGAGACAGGGGGAGGAGCUUUUAUGGCAAUGAGCCGAACUACGGCGAUCAGUCUGGGAUGAGCUUGAUGUCCGGGUUGGGCCUCGGCUACGACCGUGGACAGUACACCUCAGGUCACGGCCCACAGCACGGUAUGCUGCGGCAGAAAUCCAUCGGUGUUCCUGAGGAGGAGAAGCAGCUCCUUCACCCCCCAGUGAUGAAGUUCGUACGCAGUCUGUCAGUGCCCGGCCCGGACGACAUCCCGCCUCCUCCCACCACGGCUCCGCCAGACCCUCCGUUCUCCUCCGCUCCUCCGCUCGGCUGGAGAGUGAAGUCGUCCCAGCAGCCCUCCGUCUCCGUGUCCCAGUCCACCUCCACCUCCGUGCACUACCAGCCCUUCUCCCAGCAGGGGCACUACAGGGAGCGGGCGGGCGGUCCCGGUGUCGGAACAUUGGACCACAUGGCGUCUUACGUGCAGGCCGCUGCUCACACAGCGCAAAGCAGGACUGCUUCGCGGAAGGUUGCCUACACUGGGGAGUCUGUUGGAGCUGGGGCCGGGGUGGGGGCUAAAGCGGCAGGUCUUAGAAGAGGCUACAGCACAGCCGUACCCCCAUCCAGCAUCGCUACCGUAAUGCCUCAGCAACAACAGCCCACCCAGAGUCAACCCCAGCGUGCAGACCGCAGUGCAGCUGGAGCAGGUGGUCCUAAAGGAGGCGCCAGGAGGGGUAAGGGCCCCCUGGUGAAACAAUCAAAAGUAGAGGACCUGCGUCUAACCCAGGGCACACUGGGAAGCAAGGACUCUGUGGAGAAAAGCUCCAUCCCCAUCCCCACCAUCAUCGUCAAGGCCCCGUCGACCAGCAGCAGCGGCAGGAGCAGCCAGGGCAGCAGCGUGGAGGCCGACGUCCCCGCGCCGGGGGAGCCRGGCGAAACAAAAACGCCUCACGGCCCCCCGCCCUCCACUCCUGCUCCGCAGCCCCCUGCUCCUCCGUCCAUCCCGGCGCCGCCACCGCCGUCCAUGCCUUCCAUGCGAGUCCAGGAGAAUCUGGACUACACCAGCCAGUUCGGGGCCGCCAUUGUCGGCGCCGCUCGCCGAGACAGGGAGCGGUUUCUGGAAGCCCGUCGGAAGAGUUCCUCYUUAUUCAUGUCGGCCGAGGAGGAUUUGAGUUUAGGGAGGAUGAGCGACGAGAUGGGAGGGGUGACGAGGACUCAGGUGUCCCAGCAGCAGCUAAGCACACAGCCUGAGAGUUCGUCAACGCGAUUGAGACCUUCGAAGUCCAUUGAUGAAGGCAUGUUCUCUGCAGACACCUUCAUCCAACACACUCGCAGUAUGCCCCCGGCCUUCGGCCUGCCUGAGUACUCCUCAUCUGCGCUGGACUAUCAGCCCAAGUCUGUGCCUACCGACCUGUACACAGCGGCGGGCAGGCAGGCGGCGCCGCCUUCCAACACCACCUUCAUUCAUCCUCUGACAGGAAAGGCGCUCGACCCCACGUCGCCGCUCGGCCUCGCCUUGGCUGCCAGAGAGCGUGCUCUGAGGGACGACACCCGGCUGAGGAGGGGACCGGAGCACCACUUCACCCGCCAGAUGUCGAGCAUGGUGUUCCCUUCCUCCACUGUCGCCGCUCAGCCCAUUUCAUCCACUGCGCAGUCCUCCAGCUCCUACCUGGUCACCUCUUCUUCUCUGGCAGCCACCACGCCCACCGUCGGUCGCCCGCCCUCGCCCAGAAUCCUCAGAGGAGUCGGGAGUACGUGGAGCGAGGAAGGCAGUGGAGGGGAAAGGGAGCGGGAAGGAGGAGGGGCUCGCGAGGGUCUCAGAGUUCGCUUCUCCGAGGACAAAACGGUCCACACGCACCACUACCAGUCACAGCCAUACCAGCCGACCUACAGGGAGCGGGAGAGGUCGAGGGAGCGGGACAARGAGCAGGAGGGGUACAUCCGGAGAGCGGAGCAGGGAGCAGCUGACGCUCAGCCUCAGCAGCCUCGACGACCCACCUUCCUCAGGAUGGAAAGUCAAGCCGAAGCUUACAUCCUGUCUCUUACACCCCCCUCCCCUCCACCCACCAGUACUCAGCAGGCGGCGAACACUACUGGAAGUUCCGGGUCGGGUUUGAUGGUUCUUCCUCCCCCGGCCCCCUCGGUCGACGCAGAUGAUGAAUUCGUCUACGCGGACCCCCUCCCUCCGCCGUUGGARUUUGCCAACAGCUUCGACCGAGGAAUAUCGGGGUACACGCAACACAGGAGGCUCUCCAACAGCCUGGCCUCUCGCCAACAGCAAGUCCCGGCCCCUCCACCUCCGCCGCCBCCUCCGCCGCCGCCUCCCCCGCCCCCGCAGAAAGAACAGUUCAUAGGUGGGUUUUCUGCUCACACACCACUGCCCUCACCUCAGGCAGGGGACUCCACCGCCUCUAGUCUCACGUCUUACGACAGCGAGGUGGCCAAUCUCACUCAGUCUGUUCCAUCSCCGUCGCAGACCUCCCCAAACCCUCCACCUCCUUCCUCACCCUCUACCCUGCAGCCGGCCAUGGGCCCUCCUCCUCCCCCUGCAGUCUCACCCCCACCUCCUCCCGGAUCCUAUCACCGACCCUUUUCUGUGUCUCAUCACCUCUACAACAGCACCCACGUGUCCGGACGAUCUUCUCCCACGCCUCCUUCGCACGCGGUGGCGCCUCCUCCCGCUUACCGCGGCCCCCCAGUUUCCUCCUCCACCGCCGCCGCCUCUCUGUCACACAGAAUCACUGCCUCCCACGCAACGACCGCUAGCUGUGCUUCGACGACCACCACUUCUGCCACCGCAACAAGCACCUCCACCCAGCUCUAUCAGGAGCGAACGCACGCCACUCACACGGCAUCCUCCACUGCCAUCUCAGGCAGGACGGGGGAGCACCACCGCCCUCCCCCUGCCGCCAAGAAAGGAGAGUCCCAGGAGACCGUGGUGGACUCUGGAAUUGAAGAACUGGACAGCCGCAGCAGCAGUGACCAUCAUCUAGACAGCAUUCUGGCUCUAACUGGAGCCGGUACCCGGGCAGACAGGCUGGACCGCGGUGAAAGAGUGGGAGCCGGAGGCCGAAUGGGAGGGGGUUCAGGGGAAACGGAGAGAGGGGAUUUUCUUGAGUCCUACAUGAGCUACCUGGACGGACAAACGUUCGAGAUGCAGAACGCGACUGCGGUGACUUCCACCUACCCCAAAACCAGCAGGUACAGAGAGGGAAGUCGCGCUGGAGAUCUCCACCGACAGACCAGCACCGCUCCUGCGUCCUACCACUCCCACAGGCAGAGAGACGAGGCCGAAGAUGACGAGACAGAAGAGGGAAUGGACGAAAGUGGGCAGGACGGGUACGGCGUAAGGGACAUGGGGAAUUUGGGGCGUCCCACGUCACCGUAUUUUGAUAGGCCGCGCACGCCUGAAAUGAGACCACUGUGGGGAGACGGACAGAUGAGCGGCGACGAGAGCGGCCAUUCGGGGUCUCUGUUGGAGGGGAAGAAGAUCUACCCUCCUGCGUCCAGCAUGAAGCCCAGCAUCAUCAAUGAGCUGAGCAGCAAACUGCAACAACGGAGCAAAGACAGCUGGAGCAGCCAGAGACCUCUGAGCAGACACAGAAGCAGAAACAGAUUUUCAGAAGACUCCGCCUCCGCUCUGAGCCCGCCCUCAGCCCGCUCCCAGUCGCCGUCUCCGAUCUCUCUAUCGCAGCCGUCCUUAUCGCCGUCCCCGACCCCGGCCUCCCAGUACCCUAACUGGGGGCGAUCGCCCUCGCCUCAGCCUCCGGCCCCCUCCCAGCCUCCGCGGUCCCACUCCCCUCUGUCUCCGACGUCGUAUUCCCCGUACCCCACGUCCCCCAAGCACAGACCUGUGUACCGGACCAAAGCUCUGGAGUUCCAGUUCAUUCCCAGUCGGGAGUCCCGCAAAGCGGAGUCCAACAUGCUCCAGCGCAGGCGAGCCCCCAGCCCCCUCAUCUGCCAGUCGGAGAGACCCCAGAUGGGCCCACCACGCCCAUCGUCGCUUCCGCUUCUCCCCACUUCGCCUCUAUACAGCGCCAUCUACGACCUGCGCGGGUCAGUCACCCCACCUUCGCCCGGUAACCCCCUCGGGGAUCCGUACUUCUCCCCCUCCCCUCCCCUGUUCGCCCCCUCUGGCGCCCCCCCACCUCCGAACUCCUCCCUGGUCGUCUCCCGAUCGCUCUCUCCAACUCACUUUCUGUCCGGGACGUCCUCCCCGCCCCUGCACCCCAUGCCACCCCCCACCUGUCUAAGUUACCCCCACUUGCCGCCCCCCUCCCCGACAAAGCCUUUCGCCUCCAAGCCGCUGCCCUACUGGACCAAGUACGACGUCGCGGACUGGCUGGCGUACCUGAACCUGGGGGAGCACAGAGAGCGUUUCCUGGACAAUGAGAUUGACGGAACCCACCUGCCCUCUCUGACCAAGGAGGAUUAUUUGGAUUUGGGCGUGACGCGAGUCGGACACCGCAUGAACAUCGAACGGGCCCUGAGGACCGUAUUGGACAGGCUGUCCAGCAGCCCGUUUCCCAUCUCUGUCCUCUCGCCUCGAGACGGACAGACGGACAGGAGGAGGGACGACGGCAGCCGAAGCUGAGGAUCAAAUGCAAACUCAAAAAAAAGGGGGUGGGGGGUGGGGGGGGCAACAGAUUUCACACAGGAAGCAGCAGACAGAGGGAGACGGUUUACGAAGACGCCGCCUGGAUCUCCACACAAACACUCCGUACAUGCAUGCACCAACACAAACAGGAAGUAAAACUACAACAGCCCUUCAUGACUCCACGGCUGCAGCGGCGAUUAGAAAACUCACGUAGRUCAGAUCAGAGUAAACGUAGACGCUAGUUUUAAAACCGUAUCAUAUUUUUGUGCGUGCGUGCGCAGGAGCGAGGCUUCAUCUGCGUUUAAACCGUAGAUCCCGACAGGCUUCGCGUCUCUUCGAGUCGACGAGGGGAGCAGGCGUCCGGCGUCCUCGCUACGUUUGGCUUCAAUCGGUCGUUUUUUCUUUUUUAACCUCAUCGAGGUAAACGAGGGCGGAGCCUCGGGAUCGGGUGUGUUUCUAGUUAUCAUCUUAAAGGACGAAAAAAAAGACUGACUUGUCACUGUAUCACAAAUCUGUAGCAAAAACAAGUGCCCAGACCUCCAGCGUUGUAACGAGUUUUUGAAUAAAACCGAUAUGCACACAGACACAGGCGCCCGGCUCCAUCCUACCCAUGCCUGCAUGAAAACAUGUAGAUAAACACAAGCACCCCGGUGUUUGUGUCCCAGUUUAUAUAUAUAAAUAUAUAUCCACACACGGUCCACGUCCGGAUCCAAGACAUAUCUGAACACAAAGAGGACACAGACUGUGCUUUCAACUGUUACACAGGAUUUUCUGACGACGCGAGGAGAAAACAUCUUCCAAAGGAUUUUAUUUACAGAGGACUCCUCCUCGCUCGGACUCUGGUACGAGGGAGACCGGAAAGGACAGGAGAGGGGAGGGCAAGAGGAAAAACUGCCAUUUUCUUGUUCUUUCCCACCCAAUCCCCCCUGCUCCUUCCAGGAGUGGCCUUUCUAACCCCCCACCCCACCCAAACCACGAAACCCAGGAGGAAGAGGGGGAUCCAAGAGAAACGCUUCUACGGAAUUUUAAUACUGAUMGUUCUUACAGUUUUUAAACUUCAAACGGGAACACUGGAAUUAUUGAUAAGAGAUUUAUUGUUACUGUUUAUUGAUCAUCGUCCUUACUGUUAUUACAGAAAAGUCCCGGUUUUCUGAAGAGAACGGCCACGGUUACAGACCCACUAACAUCGUUUCUACGUUUCCUUUAUCCAGAGAAGCUUUAAUCAUCAUUAAAAGUCUUUACUUCAGUUAAGUUCAAAAAGUGCAUCAUAAACCCAUUAUUUAGUCAUGAGUGUUUAAACUAAGGCAUAAAAAGGUAACUAAACUAUUUCAAUUGAAAAGCCUCAAAAAGAGAAAAGCUUUUAUUUUGAAAACCCAUCUGCUACAUUUCCUUCAUCGGCUCUCUUCACAAGCUGUCUUACUUGGCUGAGAUGAAAUAUAAGGGCUCUCUUCACCUCUCCUGCUGCUUUUUACGUACAAGAAAAGGUUUUAUCAGACACAUCCGGAGGUUUCUCUGCUGUCCGUUACUGUUUGUUGCUUUAAACAGUUUUCGUCCAUCAUGUUUUUGUGAAUUAGUUCCUGCUUGGAGCUGAUGGUCAGGAAGAGGUCGGCGAGGGAAAUAAAUGGCAAUAAGGACGAUGAAAAUAAUCCAAACAUGGUUUAAGAUGUAAAAAAAAAAAAAGUCUCAAAAGUUCUAAAGAAUCUCUGUCUUCCAAAUGUUUAUCAUAAAAAAAGAUUAUUUAACUGUUCUGCUUUCUAUACAGUCGGACCCGUUCUCUGUUGGUUUAAUCUCAUCUUCCAGGGAACCAGCAGAUUAUUCAGAGGCCCGAUAAUCAGAACUGUUUACAUUUCCCUUCAGUGACUUUAAACUUUAAGUUUUAUUUUGUUUGAUUUGAAGGUAAACAGUGCCCAACAGGAACUCUGGAUAUUUAAGUUAUUGGUGAAACAUUUUUUUUUAAUUCUCAGCAGAAAAAGUGACUUCAUGAGGGAAUUGGUUUGACUCUAUAGAAAGCAUUUUUCCUUUAAAGAGAUCUUUUUAAAAAAGAGAUGAACAGAAGAAAGGUAACUUACAGAACAUGUAUGUAUAUGUUGUUACGCAUAUACACACAUUCAGAUAAAAUAUAUAUGAAUUUCAAAUGUUUUAAGAGAUAAUAAAUUGUUAGAGUUAUAAUAAAGAUACGGAAACAAAGUUUUAAA